UCCGCCUCCUUUCGCUGCUUGCGAGUCAGGGCGCGGGCGCGGGCAAACCUCCCUCUGCCUCCUCCAGCCCGGCGGCGCGCGCACGCACUGGCGUGCACACACACACAUACACACACGCACACCCAGGCACGGCAGGAAAGGCAGCGAGCGCCCCGGCUGCCCCUGCCUCCUUCCUAGCCACCCGCCCCUCUGCUCUCCUCUGGCCGCCGCCGCCUGUCCGUGCGCCUCUUGGCCGCAGAGCAGCUGCACCGGCCUCGGGCCCCGCCUGUCCCUCCCUGGCCACUGGGGAGGCGGCGAGAGCCAAGCAGCCCCGCAGCAGCCGGGUGGGGAGAAAGACUCUCUUCUCCCAGGAGCGCCUCCUCCUCCGCGCCCCAUUUCUCCGGGCGGAAACAUGGCAGAUAAUCUAAGCGAUGCCUUGAAGAAGCUGAAGAUAACAGCUGUUGACAGCACAGCUGAUAGCUUGGAGGGGUGCUUGGACUGUCUGCUUCAAGCUCUGGCUCAAAACAAUACAGAGACAAGUGAAAAAAUCCAGAAAAGUGGGAUCCUCCAAGUGUUUGCAAGUCUGUUGACUCCGCAGUCCUCCUGCACUGCAAAAAUAGCUAACGUCAUAGCAGAAGUAGCCAAAAAUGAAUUUAUGAGGAACCCGUGUGUGGAUGCUGGCUUGAUCCCACCUCUGGUGCAGCUCUUAAACUGCAAAGACCAGGACGUGCUUCUUCAAACAGGACGUGCCUUGGGCAACAUAUGCUACGACAGCCAUGAGGGCAGAAGCGCAGUUGACCAUGCAGGUGGGGCAGAGAUUGUAAUAGACCAUUUAAGGUCACUGUGCAGUAAAACAGAUCCAGCCAGUGAGAAGCUCAUGACUGUCUUUUGUGGCAUGCUGAUGAACUAUAGCAAUGAGAAUGAUACCCUACAAUCUCAGCUCAUCAACAUGGGAGUUAUCCCUACGUUAGUGAAAUUGUUGGGCAUUCAUUGCCAAAAUUCGGCUUUGACUGAAAUGUGCCUUGUUGCGUUUGGCAAUUUAGCAGAACUUGAAUCAAGCAAAGAGCAAUUCGCCUACACAAACAUUGCUGAAGAGCUUGUGAAACUGUUCAAAAAGCAAAUAGAACAUGACAAGAAGGAGAUGAUAUUUGAAGUUUUGGCUCCUUUGGCAGAAAAUGAUAUCAUUAAGCUACAGCUGGUUGAAGCAGGCCUGGUGGAGUGUCUACUUGAGAUAGUCCAAAAGACCGUGGACAGUGACAAAGAGGACGACAUUGCUGAGCUCAAAACUGCCUCUGAUCUUAUGGUUCUACUACUGCUGGGAGAUGAAUCAAUGCAAAAACUAUUUGAAGGAGGAAAAGGAAGUGUUUUCCAAAGGGUGCUUUUGUGGAUCCUAUCUAAUAGCCAUCAGCUGCAGCUUGCAGGAGCACUGGCGAUUGCAAAUUUUGCUAGAAACGAUGGAAACUGUAUCCAUAUGGUGGAUAAUGGCAUCGUUCAGAAGCUGAUGGACCUCCUGGACAGGCACGUAGAGGAUGGCAAUGUUACCGUGCAGCAUGCAGCACUGAGCGCGCUCCGAAACCUUGCUAUUCCUGUUGUAAAUAAGGCGAAGAUGCUGUCAGCUGGCGUGGCAGAAGCCGUUUUGAAAUUUCUCAGAUCCGAGAUGCCCCCUGUUCAGUUCAAGCUGCUGGGGACGUUAAGAAUGUUAAUAGAUGCACAAGCAGAAGCUGCUGAACAACUGGGGAAGAACGUGAAGCUGGUUGAACGGCUGGUGGAGUGGUGUGAAGCCAAGGACCAUGCAGGUGUGAUGGGAGAAUCAAACAGACUACUCUCUGCUCUUAUACGACACAGCAAAUCAAAAGAUGUAAUUAGGACCAUUGUUCAGAGCGGCGGUAUUAAGCAUUUAGUUACCAUGGCAACUAGCGAACACGUAAUAAUGCAGAAUGAGGCUCUUGUCGCCUUGGCGCUAAUAGCAGCUCUAGAACUAGCCACAGCAGAGAAGGAUCUUGAAAGUGCUCAGUUAGUGCAGAUUCUACACAGGCUGCUUUCGGAUGAGAGGAGCGCACCAGAAAUCAAGUACAAUUCCAUGGUGCUGAUCUGUGCUCUUAUGGGAUCAGAACUCCUUCACAAGGAAGUGCAGAGCCUGGCCUUUCUAGACGUCGUAUCAAAACUCCGCAGCCACGAGAACAAAACGGUCGCCCAGCAGGCUUCCCUCACAGAGCAGAGACUCGCCGUGGAAAGCUGAGGAAAGGGGUACCCGCGCUCCCACCUAGCAUCGCGUCACAGAUUUCACCUCUCGUCCUGUCCUGCUGCGUUUCUCCCACCCACUGUGUCACUUGUGCAUGCAUGUAACAUUCCCACACGGAUCGAACUGCUGUAGGUACCUCUCUCUCCACAAGCGAGAUUUCUAUAAACCCAUAGCCAGUCACCAUCAACAUGGAUCCUGUCUCUCUUACACACAAACACGAAAUGUCUCCUAGCCCUGUUAAUUGUUCUACAUGUAUUCUCGUUGCUUGAGCCACAUAGUAGAAUGUGCAUGUUGUAGUCCUAUAAUGAUGUAAAAAAGAGAGAGAAAAAGACGUGGUACUACUACAUCAACGACUCCUUCCCCUCGUACCCCUAACUCCGUAACAAGUGUACUGCUAACUUAGGGACAAAGCACAGGAGGCAGCAAGGCCGGGCUGGACUACCAGGGGUUUCAGAAAAUGGGGAGGGAGCCUCUUUGGGGAAGGGAGUCUUGCUGCUCACUCACUGGUCUUGCAUAUUAAUGUCAACCUCAUGGUACCUAGAGGUAAACAAAUAAACUCCAGUGCGCUCACACUUUA